UUUUCACCACAGUUUGUGCUGUUUAUCAACACUUAUUAGAAAAACCACCUCGGACGAUUACUCUUUGAGAGGGAAAAUCGUUAAAAAUUAAAUUAUCAAUUUAAAAAUCAGUUACAAAAUUCAAGUUUUUCGCCGUUUAAAAGCCAAUUAAAUGAUAAAACGCGAGAAGUGUCCAAAAAAGGGCAAUUUAAAAGGGCUCCAUCUAGAAGAGCUGCCUUAUUACGUGGCAACAUACACGCCAGAACCAAAAUUUGAACCCUACAGCGGCUCAGCGGCGAUCGCGUCUCAACAAUAACCAUCACUCUAAAAUGAGCAGCAACUCGAAGGCGGAUCCCAUCUCUCUGAGCUUCCACGAUUCUUGUCUUCGAAUGUCUGAUGUGCAACUGCUUCACGGACCGCACUGGCUGAACGACCAGAUCCUGAGCUUCUAUUACGAGUACCUUUCCCACGUAAAGUACAAGACCAAUAGUGACCUGCAUUUUAUCGCGCCAGAGGUUACGCAGUGCAUGAAAUAUAUGGACGAACAGGAACUGGAACAGCUUCUGGGCCAGAGCAACGCGACUAACAAGCCCUUUAUCUUCUUUGCCCUAAACGACAACGAAAGCACUGAAGCCGGUGGCACCCACUGGUCACUUUUGGUAUUCUCGCGGCCAGAGAAAACCUUCUAUCACUUUGAUUCCUAUGGUAACAACAACACAGGAAACUCAAUGGAGCUGAUGAACAAAAUAAAAGAGCUGCUGGGUGUGCGACAGGCCAAGUUCCGGCCAAUGCGGUGCCUGCAGCAGGCGAAUGGAUACGACUGUGGCAUCCAUGUGAUAUGUAUGACGGACCACAUAGCCGAUUUUCUAAACAGGUACGAGGUGAUUGAGGGACUGCCCUCCCUUCACAUCGACACCGUGAAGGCCAAACGUACCGAGCUCCUCAAGCUGAUCCUCUCUCUGGGCGGCAAGGGUUAGACUGCAGUUUGUAAGCAGUAAUUUUAAGCUAACUAUUACCACCAUAAAUGUAUAACUUUAGCCCAAAAGAGACAGGAAUCAUGUGAAUAAGAUAUCUAUGAUAUUGCUAAUUUUAGUAUUUUUCGCAUUCGUUGCCGAAUAAAAUUGUUUUUUUCCAUCGCAUCAGUGCGAAGCACUUAAAUGAAAUAUGAAGAGAAGAAAACAGCAGUCGCAGGGGGACUCAUGGUGAAGUUGCCUCGACAUUAGGGUUUGGUCUUUAAAUAAAUAUUUAUAUACCCAGA